AUGUCUCUGAGUGUUCCUCUUCCUCCUCGUAUUCUAAUAGUUUCUCGACGAACCGUUCGUAAGAACAAGUUCGUCGAUUUCGUUGGGGAAUAUCAUCUAGAUCUUAUAGUAGCAAAUGGUGCAGUACCAGUGAUUGUACCUCGUGUUUCAGGUAUACAGAAAUUAUUAAAAAGUUUCGAACCAAUUCACGGUGUUCUUCUAUGUGAAGGAGAAGACAUAGAACCAUCGUGGUACGAAGAACAAGAUAACACAACAACGUGUGUUCUUUCCUAUGAAGAGUUAGAAGAAAUCAAGAACCUUCAUUCAAGUGACACAACAGUUGAUAAAGAAAAAGAUUCGAUAGAACUAACGUUAGCAAAGCUUUGUCUGGAAAGAAACAUUCCUUGCUUAGGAAUUUGCAGAGGCUCACAAGUUCUUAAUGUUGCUUCUGGGGGUACACUGUAUAGGGACAUAACAAAAGAGGUGUCGGAAAAAUGUGAAAGUAAUUUUGUGAUGCAUAUAAACUAUGAUGAUUAUGAUGGUCAUCGACAUGUUAUCAAGGUGGUUGAAAACACUCCUUUGUUUGAUUGGUUUAAGGAUUCUUUGUCGGAAAAUGAUGAGAUUUUGGUUAAUAGUUAUCAUCAUCAAGGAGUUAAGAAAUUGGCACAAGGUUUUGUUCCAAUGGCUUUUGCUAAUGACGGUUUGAUUGAAGGGUUUUAUGAUCCUUAUGGUUAUAAUCCUGAUGAGGGUAGGUUUAUUAUGGGUUUGCAAUUUCAUCCUGAGCGUAUGAGAAAACCUAAUUCAGAUGAUUUUGAUUACAAUGGAUGCACAUUUGCUUACAAGGAAUUUGUGAAGGCAGUGGUUGCUUAUCAAAAAAGACACAACAUUUUAACAUCAGUGCCAAAAUGUAUGAAACUGAACAAGGAAAUGAAGAACAAAAGGAAGAUUGUUAUGAGAAGUUUUUCGGUUACGGGCCGUGGGAAAUGUUCCUUCAAAGAACCAGAAGUUCUCAAGGUAAAGCAAAUGGAAGCAAAAGUUAGGAAUGCAAAGUCAUGUGUUGAGAGAUUGAAGGUAAAUGAGGAAAGAGAGAAAAUGGCAAAAAAUGUAAUGGAGAAAAUGUCAAUUGAGCAAUUAUCUGACCUACUUUCUUUCUACCAUAGUAUGGGGCACAUUUGUUCUCAAAUAUUGGAAACAAAGUUACAUGAUGUUGUCAAUGACAAUAGUUAG